AUGCCUCCCAGGGGGCAACAGCACUCUCCUGAGCUUCGGGCCCAAAUUCUGGCACUUCGGGAUCUUGGUCUUACAAUCUACAAGAUAGCUACUCAACUCAACGUUCCUCCCUCCACUGUCAGCCGUACUUGCACCCGAUACCUGAAAACUCGUAGCUACUACUCUGAUAGGUCCAGGUCUGGUCGCCCACGCAAACUCAGGUUUGCAGAUGCAAAAUUUGCGGCGCUUUCACUCUCUCGUAACCGUCUGGCCUCUGCGUCCCAGCUCCGUCGGGACUAUUUCUCUCAUGUAUCGAACUCUACGGUCCGCCGACGUCUGCGCGAGCUGGGCAUCUAUAACUAUGCCCGUCGCCGCGUCCCCCUACUCACAAGCCGUCAUCUCAAGGCUCGUCUGGACUGGGCCAGAAACCAUGCAACUUGGUUGGCUCGGGACUGGCGCCGGGUCAUUUUUUCAGAUGAAUCAAAAUUUAACGUCUUCAAUGGUGACGGCCCUCUACGCUGUUGGAGACGUCCAGGACUCUCUCUGGAUCCUUGUUAUACCCGCAAACAGGUCAAACAUGGUGGUGGAAACGUGAUGGUCUGGGGGUGUGUUACUGCAAAUGGGGUGGGCCGUCUGUACCGCAUCGAUGGCCACCUGACAGCUGUUCAUUACACCAAGAUCUUGAAGGAGGAGCUUCGUGGGACCAUGGCUGACCUCUCUAUCCCCGUUCGUCGCACUGUCUUUCAACAUGACAAUGACCCAAAGCAUACAGCCAAGCUUACUCAAGAGUGGCUCAAUACUCAACAGCUCUCAGUACUCCCCUGGCCAGCAAAUAGCCCAGAUAUGAAUAUCAUUGAGAAUGUCUGGGACUACCUCGACCGUCGUGUGCGCAUGAGGCAUCAAUUACCAACGCGUGCCAAUGAUCUCUGGGCCAUUCUCCAGGAGGAGUGGGAGUGUAUUCCACAGGCAUAUGUUGACAAACUCUAUGAUUCUAUGACAGAAAGAGUGCAGGAGGUCAUUGAUAGGAAGGGUGGUAAUACUCGUUAUUAG